CGGGGCAAAUAGACGUUACGUUGCGGCUUCAGUGAUGGCAAGUGACAGAGGGCGAGGAAGAGAAGUCGAAACUUUUUCAGCUAGGGGUUGCUAAUUGUUUUGUAUGCGGAUAACAGCAGUAGUAUCUUAUUGUGUUACUCAGUCAGUGAUUCAGCUUUGUAUUCGUCUGAGUGAAAAUUAACCGUUUUUCCUGUGACGUUAAAUCGUGAACGGUGUGUCCCGAAGUAACGUUGGUUAACGUUAACGCUAGCUGAAUAUAUACCAUAGGUUUGUUCGACUUCGAGAAAAUUCACCGAAAAGGGGAAACUAUGUCGAACAGAGAAGACGAAUAUGACUAUCUUUUCAAAGUUGUGCUGAUCGGCGAUUCGGGUGUAGGUAAGAGUAACCUGCUGUCACGAUUCACUCGAAAUGAGUUCAGCUUGGAGAGCAAGAGCACCAUCGGGGUGGAGUUUGCCACACGUAGCAUCCAGGUAGAAGCCAAGACCAUCAAGGCUCAGAUCUGGGACACAGCUGGACAGGAGCGAUACCGAGCCAUCACUUCUGCGUACUACCGUGGAGCAGUUGGAGCUCUCUUGGUUUAUGACAUUGCUAAGCACCUGACAUAUGAAAAUGCUGAGCGCUGGCUGAAGGAGCUGCAGGACCAUGCAGACAGCAACAUAGUCAUCAUGCUAGUGGGAAACAAAAGUGAUCUGCGCCACCUAAGGGCAGUUCCAACAGAUGAGGCCAAGGCCUUUGCAGAGAAGCAUGGCUUGUCUUUCCUCGAGACAUCAGCAUUAGACUCCUCUAAUGUGGAGCUGGCUUUCCAAACCAUUCUCACAGCCAUCUACCACAUCGUGUCACAGAGGCAGAUGUCAGGGCGAAGCGACUCAGACUUCUCACCAGCCUCCAACGUAGUGCCCAUCACGGUUGAGCCCACCCAAAGCUCAACCGGUAAGGGGGCCUGCUGCCAGUCCAACUGAGACCUUAGCACUGACCUCCUCCUUCACCUCCAGGCAAAUGGAGAAACAGCCAAAUAGACAAACAGAGACAGACAGGUGGACAAUGAAAUAGAGAGGCAGGUAGAGAUAUCCAUUUCACUUAUGGACAUUUGUACUGGGUUGAUUUGUCUGUUGUCUGGUUAAGAAACUUUGAAGAGAGGGACAGUGAAGGAGGGAUAGUAAAGAGGUUUAGGUAAACAGACGGGGUGGGGAGAAUUAGUAUCACGGGAAGGAACACAGGUGAGAUGCACUACACCCAGUGCACUAAGCUUUUAAAGAAGUACACGAUCCCAACUGAUUCAGUCUAAUGAAUAAUAUAACACAUUAUAAGGUCCCUUUUGUAUCUCAUCUUAUUCCUGUCUUUGCAAAAUCUCCUCCCUUUGAAAGUUCUGUUUUACAACUCAGUAAUACUUUCUCCCUACAAAAAUUGUAGACAAAAAAAAAAACAACUCCAUAUCCAAAUGAUUGAACAGCAGCCCCUGUGCUGCCACUGUCAUUCCAAGUUUCAAUAUUUAGACAGUAAUGUCCCUUACAAUAUUUAUUGAACACUAGAUUAAAGUCUUGUUUGACCAAAGGGUUUGAGCUUUAACACUGGUCGGUUUAAAUUUUCACACUGAAUUCUUAAGAGCAAAGGGAGUUUUACUGCUUUUUGAUGCUUUUGCCCACAAUCGCAUAUCUAUGUGAAGAAGCUUGUAAGGGCAGCUAACCUCUCUAAUGGAAGAGGGAGGGCUACGAGUCAUUUUUCCUAAAUGCACAGACGGGAGUUUAGUGGGUUGGGUCAGGUUGUGUUCACCAGGCCACUCAGAGCAGUGACAUCCCUCCCUAACAAUGACAUGUAAUUUCUCUUUGAUUGUUUUUGAUCUUUGCUUGGAAGGUUUUCCUGCUUUCUACACAUUUUGUUUUCUGCAGAUGAGUCAUGCUUGUGCAAGCUUUGUUCUGCAUUUACUCUAAAUGAGCUGGAAUAGCUGCAUCACUAGUGGAUGGGUUAACUGCCUCACAUGUUGAUGGGAUAGUAGUAUUGACUCUACUGUUGACCAUUUCAGCCCUGGCCUGAACCUUUAGGUGUAGUUGGAGAGACUAGGGAAUUUGUUUAAAUGCAUAGACAACCCUGUGCUGCUGCUGCCGCCUGUUAGCUGGGAAGGCUGGAUGGAUAAUGUUUCAGGCAAUGAGGUAGUGAGGGCACUCAGCCCUGCCCUGCUCCUGUGGUCUCUGAUGUACCCCAGAUGGCUUGUUUUACUGUAAGUGAAAUCCUCCACUGCCUGCUCACCUACUCCUUUAAGUCUCUGUCUACACUGUAUGUAACUGGAACAGGACUCUUGCCUUCUGGGAUCUCCCCGAGGUCUGCCCUCGCUCACUCUUGUCUUUAUUUCCUGUUGAGGGGGCGGGGGUUGUAUUCAGGAGCCAGGAUUGGGUUUGUUAGUAUCUAAUAGUUUUAAUCUAUGAGGAGAAGGAGAUAGGAUGGUA